AUGGUCUUAGCUCAGCGUCAAAAAGAGGAGCUAAAUAGAGCUAUCGCUGACUACUUAUUUUCAAAUGGAUAUAACAAGGCGUUAGAUGCCUUUAGGGAAGAAUCGCAUUUGGCAGGAGAAAAUGAUAAGAAGUAUGAUGGCCUGUUGGAAAAAAAGUGGACGUCUGUCAUACGUCUUCAAAAAAAGGUAAUGGAUCUAGAGGCUAAACUUAACGAAGCUGAAAAAGAGUUUCAACUGAUGCAAAGCAGUAUCGGAUUCGGGAUAGCAGGUGCUGCACCUGGAAGUGGACUUGCAGACAGAGGGGAUCGGCGUGAUGUUGAUGCUAUCCCUAGGCCUCCAGCUAAAUUUACACUCACAGGCCAUCGUUCUCCAAUAACGCGUGUAUUGUUUCAUCCUCAUUACAACGUUUUUGUUUCAGCAAGUGAAGAUGCGUCAAUCAAAGUCUGGGAUUACGAAACUGGAGAAUUUGAACAUACUUUAAAAGGUCAUACAGACUCUGUUCAAGAUGUAGCAUUCGAUCCGACAGGGAAGCUCUUAGCUUCUUGUUCUGCUGAUAUGCAAGUAAAAUUAUGGGACUUUACAAUGUAUCAGUGCAUUAAAACACUAUCUGGUCAUGACCAUAAUGUUUCCAGUGUUGCUUUUCUGCCAUCUGGUGAUUUCUUGGUCAGUGCUAGUCGCGAUAAGACAAUCAAGAUGUGGGAAGUUUCUACAGGAUAUUGCAUAAAGACAUUCACUGGUCAUACUGAAUGGAUUCGAUCGGUUCGCCCUAGUCCAGAAGGCAACCUACUGGCAAGUUGUUCUAAUGAUCAAACUAUUCGAGUCUGGUCUGUAGAAUCACGAGAUUGUCAAGUAAUUCUUCGUGGUCACGAACAUGUUGUUGAAUGCAUCGCCUGGGCUUCUCAUCCUCAAAGCAUAUUAGCAAUAACUACUUCUACAUCUGGAAGUGGAGAUUCUGCAGAUGCCACCACGGAAGGAUUGGUCAUGUCCUCAGCAACAAAUGGAAUAUCUAAUGAUUCACACUCUUCGCCGCCUAGUAUGACUGCUGCCUUAUUACUUGUUUCUGGAUCACGAGACAGGACUAUCCGCUUUUGGGAUGUAAAUACUGGAGUGUGCUUAUUUGUUCUUAUUGGUCAUGACAAUUGGGUUAGACAACUUGUAUUUCACCCUCAUGGCAGACUAUUGUUAUCCGCUUCAGAUGAUAAAACAAUUCGAGUUUGGGAUUUAAAAAAUCGUCGGUGUCAUAAAACACUGAAUGCACAUUCACAUUUUGUCACUUCUUUAGAUAUUAAUCGUUUGGCUCCUUUCGCUGUAACUGGGAGUGUUGAUCAAACAAUUCAUAUAUGGGAUUGCCGGUAA